CCCGCAAGCAUGCCCGCCGGCGCCUCCUCGCGCGACGCCAUCGCCCUCUCGUCGGACGAGGACGAGCCGAUCCAGCUCGUCAGCGUGCGGCGCAGCGCAGCAGGCCCGGCGCCCAGCACUGCCGCCGCCGCAGCCUCUGCGCCCGGCGCCGCAGCCUCCACAUCCAGCGCCGGGCCUGCUGCUGCGCCGAGCUGGACACUCGCGCCCGCCGAGCGUGCUGCGCUCAACGCCGCCCGCGAGGCGCGCAGCAAGGAGCGCAAGCGGGCACUGGGCCUCGGCGACAGCGACCACGACGCCGCCCAACAGGCCCGCCCGGCCUCGCGCCCGCGCGUCGAGGAGAAGCGCCGCGCCUUCGGCACCUUUGCCGACACCUUUGGCCGCGCCGCGUCGCCGAAUGACGAAGUGGCCCCGAGCCAGCCUGGCCCCUCGAACACGCAUACCGACGAGCGCUUCUGGGAUGGCGCGAUCAAGCGCUCGUACAACGAGCUGAUCCAGCCCGCGGGCGGCACGCGCCUCUCCGAGCUGCUCCUGCCCACGACGAGCCGCAACGCCGCCGGCCUCAAGCACGUGCUCUUCUCGAGCUUCACGCCCGACCCGGCGUGGCUGGCGAGCAUGCUGCCCGCGCCCGUCAGCGGCGGCCCAGAGGUGUCGCUCGUGGUCAACGUCAACAAGAGCGGCAAGCUCGAGCGCGGACAGCGCGCAGACUGCCCGUCGUGGUGGCAGGUCAUCAGUCCCGGUGCCGCGCGCGCGGGCGGCUGGGGCUGCCAGCACGUCAAGUUCAUCAUGGUCUUCUACCCCGACCGCCUGCGCAUCUGCAUCCUGACUGGCAACCUCAUCGAGUACGACUGGAAGCAGAAUGAGAAUCUGGCGUACGUGCAGGACUUUCGCCUGCUGCCGCACGACGGCGAUUGCCUCGCCUCGGACGCCUACGACCAGUUCGACCGCCUCUUCAAAAGCUGGCGCCUCACGAAGCGCGAGGACCGCGCGUACCGCGAGCUGGAGCGCUACGACCUCGGCUCCUUUGGCGGCUCGUCUGGCGCGCGCCUGCUGCUCUGCAUGCCGUCGCCGGGCCAGGUCGCCGUCAAUGGCUGGGCGGCAAUCGAGACGCGCGGCCUCGGCCGGCUGAAGCGAAUCGUCAAGGACCUCGGCAUCACGCCACGCCGCGGCGGCAUGCAGAUCUCGGCACAGUGCUCGUCGCUGGGCCCAAAGACCGAUUUCAAAUGGCUGCACAACCUGCACCUCAUCGCCUCGGGCAUGCACCGCAUCGUCCCGCUGCCCAAGGCGACCGGCAAGGCGGCCAAGGUGCGCUCGCCGCUGCACAAGGAGACGCUGCUCUCUGCGCCGGACCGCCUGCCGGGCGACGACGCGCCGCGCUUCACCGCCGGCGACCUGCCGCCGAUCAAGAUUCUCUUCCCGACGGUGCAGCAGGUGCACCGCUCGGCGGGCGGCGUCGGCAGCGGCGGCUGCCACUUUGCGAGCGCGGACAAGUGCGCGCCCUACAAGGCGCUGAUGCACAAGGCCGAGAGCCAGCGCGGCAACAUCCUCAUGCACCACAAGCUCAUCCUCGCGCUGCAGCCGGGCGUGCACUUCGAGUCGAGUGACAGAAGCGCCUCUGCAUUCGCGAGCGGCAGCGGCCGCACGCUCGGCCAGGCGCCGGCCAAGGACGGCGACGCCUCACACACGGAGAGCGAGGCAGAAGACGAGGCGGCGGCGAAGAAGCGCCGCGUCGAGGCCAAGAACCGCGUGCUCGAGGAGCGGCGCCGUGCCGAGCCGGCGGGCUGGCUCUACGUCGGCAGCGCCAACUUCACCGUCGCGGCGUGGGGCACCAUCACGCUGGGCGCCGACAAUGCGCCGACGAUGACGCAGCUGCUCAAUCACGAGCUCGGCGUUGUGAUUCCCAUCGCGCGCGCGGACCUCAGCGCUGCCAAGCCAAGCCUGGCACGCGACGCGCUGGCCUUUGUCCAUCCCGCCCAGCCGUACGGCCCCCAUGACGAGGUCUGGGACCUCAGCGUCCUCGGCCCGCAGUAGCGCCCUCCUUGUACGCCCG